UUGCAAAUUCAUUAAUCUGUCAUCGUGUUUUCUAUUUGUUAUUAUUUUUUAGCACACGAGUAAUUUAUACGAUUUAAACAAGUAAACACAAAAAACAAUUCCACAAGAUGCGAAAAGAAGUUUUAAAAUACUUGUACAAUCUUGUAUUUUGUCAAACAAUAUCAGACUCUGGGAAAUAUCUAUUCAUUGGUAAUCGUUUUGGUGAUAUAUUCUGCCAAAAAAUUGAAGAUUUCGAAAAUGUUGAAGACGACAAACCCAAAAGCCGUGUUCGCAUCUAUUCCCAAGCAGAAGAACGCUCCAUCGACAGUCUAGCCUUCCACAGGGACUUUUUGAUUGUGGGAACAGCAGGAUAUAUAUAUGGCCUUAAAUGGGAUGAAGAAAACUCGAAAUUGUCUUCCUCCAAGAAAUGGGAAAUCUCAAUUCCGUUGACUGCCGAAUCCUUCGAUUUAGCUGACGUCAAUAGCAUGUGGAUCGACAAACCUAACGAUAUUUUGUAUGCAGGUUGCGGCGAUAAUAACAUGUAUUCGAUCAGUUUGGAAGAUGGCAAGAUCAUUCGAAGUUUCAACAGUCACGAGGACUACAUCCAAUGUGUUCGAGGCUGCAAUGGAAAGGUGUAUACCGCAUCGGAAGAUGGUAGCGUAAGAAUCUGGUCACCUUCAGAUAAGGAAAUCGUUGGCAAGAUUGAACCACACAAAAAUAGUAAACUAGUUAGAUCCGAUCAUGGCAAAUGGAUUGGAGGUUUAGCUGUUUCCUCAGACUGGUUAUUAUGUGGUGGCGGGACAAGACUGUCCCUCUGGCACAUGCGAUCGAUGACUUGUUCAACAGACUACGCCUUCGAAGGAGCUAUCCACUGUACUGACUUUUUAGAUGAGAAUAUUCUGGUAGCUGGAGAACAUCCAUCUGUCCAACACUACACUCUAAACGGCGAGAUUGUAGCUGAUAUUCCAGUUGAGCACACUGCAACUUAUUCAGUUGUUUGGCAAAAUCAACCUGUUAAAUUCAUGUCCAUGGCUGGUUAUAGUAAUAAAUUGCACGUGUUGACCGAUUUUCGAUUUUUAGACAUGUCGGUGGAUUUAUAUGAAGAAGUUGAAGAUGAUUUUUAUACUGAUGAAUAAAAUUUGUUUUUGUUCUUAGGAAAUUUAA